GUGGAUUAAGUGUCAUUUUGAGUUGUGAGACAGGUGGGACAAUGUAGCUCUAUAAAUAUGCUAAUGAUGAUGAUGAUGACAUAAAAGUCAAUUAUCCACGUGCAAUUAUAAUCCAUUUUGAAUUUCGCGUUUCGAAAUUUGGAUAACUUCUAAUUCUUUGAAUCCUGAAUUCGCUAUAAAAAUGGCCUCGAAUACUGAAUUACAAAAACUACAAGAUGAAGCUUUUUUAGAUCGUGUUCGUUUUUUUGAAGAAUUUUUAGAAGCUGAUAAGGAAAAACUUGGCAGCGAAAAAUUCUAUAAGGUUGAAAUCGUACAAAUGUUACGAAAUGGUGAAAGACGUUUUAUUGUUAAUCUUAAUGAAUUACGUUAUUAUCACGCAGAGAAUGCUAAAAAGUUAGAAGAAUCCCCCAAUGAAUGGAUACCAGCAUUCGAAAAAGCUCUGAAAAAUAUCAUAAAAAAUAUUUCAUCAGGUAUUGAUGAUACUGAGAAGAGUACUAACAUUGAUGAGCAAAAUUUCUAUAUCGGAUUCAAUGGAACUUUUCAUCAUCAUGUUAAUCCACGAACAUUGAAAUCAAUUCAUCUUGGAAAGUUAAUUUGUAUUGAAGGAAUUGUUUCACGAUGUUCUCUUGUACGCUUGAAACUUGCUAAAAGCGUUCACUAUUGUGAAAAGACCGGCAAUUUUAGUAGCAAAGAAUAUCAUGAUUCUACCUCAAUUGGAAAUCAAAUUCCAUCAUCAUCUGCAUAUCCAACAGAAGAUGAAAAUGGUAAUCCAUUAACAACAGAAUUUGGAUAUUCGGUGUACCGUGAUCAUCAGACUAUUUGUCUUCAAGAAAUGCCAGAAAAAAUGCCUCCCGGAUUAUUGACUAGAUCGAUUGAUAUUAUUUUGGACGAUGAUCUAGUAGAUAAAGUGAAGCCUGGUGAUCGUAUCCAAUUGGCUGGAUGUUAUCGAGCGAUAGGCAAACCUACCCAGGGCUCAACUUCUGCGACAUUUAAGACCGUAAUUAUAGCAAAUAAUGUCACUAUCCUUUCCGGUGAAAUUGGACUUAAAGUGAUUACGGAUGUUGAUAUCGCGAAUAUUGAAAAAAUCGCCAAGAACGAAAAUGUUUUUUCGUUGCUUUCACGAUCCUUAGCCCCUUCAAUAUAUGGACAUGAGAUGAUCAAAAAAGCGAUAUUACUUAUGUUGCUGGGUGGAAAAGAACAAAAUCUAUCUAGCGGCACACACAUAAGAGGUGAUAUUAAUAUAUUAAUGGUUGGUGAUCCAUCAACUUCAAAAUCGCAGCUUCUUCGACGUGUUCUCAAUAUAGCGCCACUUGCAAUCGCGACUACAGGUCGUGGUUCAACUGGUGUGGGUUUAACAGCAGCUGUUACUAGAGAUAAAGAGACAGGCGAAAAAUGUUUAGAGGCUGGCGCAAUGGUUCUCGGAGAUCGUGGUGUUGUCUGUAUUGAUGAAUUUGAUAAAAUGAUGGAUACCGACCGUGUUGCUAUACAUGAAGUUAUGGAACAACAAACCGUUACGAUUGCCAAGGCGGGUAUUCACACUUCCCUGAAUGCAAGAUGUAGUGUAAUUGCUGCAGCCAAUCCCAUUUAUGGACAGUAUAAUAUCCAUAAGGAUCCUGCCCACAAUAUUGCACUACCAGAUUCAUUGUUAUCUCGGUUUGAUCUAGUAUUUGUCGUAACAGAUGAAAUAAACGAAGCACGAGACAGUUUAAUCUCCAAGCAUGUAUUGCGUUUACAUGAAUAUCGCCCCCCAAAUUUGGAAGAAGGAGUUCCCAUUAAAGAAGACUCAGGGCAAACUAUUUUUAUGGAAGAAGCUGAGAAGAGCACGGAACCUACUUCAGUUUAUAUGCAAUAUGAUUUACUAUCAAAUGAUAAUGACAAUGACCAAAGAGAUUCAGAUCAAGCAACUUUUCUUUCCUCUGAAUUUCUCAAAAAAUAUAUUCAAUACACAAAGAGCCACGAAGAACCUAGAUUGGGGAAAGCUGCGGCAGCCUAUCUGUGUGAACUUUGGGUAAAUCUUCGUAACGAGGAAGAAAUAGAUGGGCAAGCGAAAACAUCACCUUUGACACCACGUGCUUUAGAUUCACUCUUCCGUCUUGCAACAGCUCAUGCAAAGGCGCGACUUGGCAAAAGAGUUACAAUUAAGGAUGCUAAAGUUGCAGAAGAAAUAGUCAGAUUUGCACUUUUUAAAGAAGUUUCAGUUAGGGACCGACGUAAAAGACGCAAGACCAAUGUUAAUGAUAAUGACGAAAUUGAUUCUGAUGAUGAUACCAAUGAUGAUAGUGAUAAAGAUGAAACUAGUUCUCAACAGAGUAUAAGUACGCGCAAAGAUAAAGGCAAAGGAAAAAUGAUCGAAUCUCUAACUGAUGGUUCAUCAUCUAAAGAAACAGAAGAUCUUAUGGAUACUGAUGAGACGCAUAAACAGUCUUUUGCUGAACUAAAUCUCGAUACUCUCAUUAUUGAAGAUAAUAGAGAAAUGGUUACUCCGGAUAGAAUGAGAUUAUUCCAAGAAAAUUUAAACCGCAUUAUAAAAGAUACUCAAUACGAAAAUUCGAUUUCGCUUGAGGUUCUUAUACAAGAAAUUAAUAAUAAUUUGCCAGAAAAUCAAGCGUAUACCAGUGAAGAAAUUAACGCGGCAUUGAAGAAAAUGCAAGAUAGAAACAAAGUGAUGAUCACGAAUGAUAUUAUUUAUAUGAUAUAAGAAAGGCUAACGUUAAUUUGAAAACCGCCGUUUGUUACAAAAAUUUUUAAAAAUUUAUAUAUAUAGUUUAGAAAGUUUAUAACUGUGCGAAUAAUAA